UACGUAAGUGCUCAAGGGCCACUGAUUAGGGCACGGGAAGGGCUCGCUAGAAUAAGCCCUUAAACUGGUUGGGUGUAAGCGGUUUUGGGCUAGUCUAAACCAAACAACUGAGAAUAAACGCGGGGUUCCUGCAGGUUGAGAGAGUACCUGUCUGCAAAUGUCCAGUAGUGAUGGAUUGCCUUGUAGGCCCCAGAGCAAUCGGGGAAGUUAGCAUUCUUGUUCAAGAAGCUGCUGGUUCACUUAGAGCUGUAAAAGAAUGUUGUGAGUUUGGGAUUUUCUUUCAGACGUUCAGGAUUGAGGUUAGGGCUGGUGGUGUGGGAUCAUGUAAAGAGGUUUGAGUGGCUCAGCCUUAGGUCCCGGUGUGGAAAGCUUAUUCUUUUGGUGUCAUCACGUGGCCAUGGGAAUUAUUUAGAAUGUGAUCUGCCCUCAUGAGAAGAAAGGAGCUCUGAAGCCAUUGCAGUUCUUCCUCCCUGUGUGGAAAAUCGAAUUUCUGGAAACAUCCUCUGUAUUGGAGAUUUUGCCUGCGUAAAGGCUAUCCUUAUUGGCUAGCGGCACUAAUUACUUUAAAAGUAGGAUGGAAGUACAAGUAUCUCAAGCAUCAUUGGGUUUCGAGCUCACUUCUGUGGAAAAGAGUUUAAGGGAGUGGUCUAGACUUUCCAGGGAAGUUAUUGCCUGGCUGUGUCCCUCUAGUCCUAAUUUUAUACUUAACUUUCCCCCACCUCCUUCAGCUUUAUCUGUUUCAAUGGUGCAACUCUCUUCAUCCCCUUUUGGUUACCAGUCACCUUCAGGCCAUUCAGAGGACGAAAGAGAGGGGAAUAUGAAGUCAGCCAAGCCCCAAGUGAACCACAGUCAGCAUGGGGAAAGCCAGCGGGCCUUGAGCCCCCUGCAGUCUACUCUGAGUUCUGCUGCAUCUCCUUCCCAAGCGUAUGAGACCUAUAUUGAAAAUGGACUCAUAUGCCUUAAACACAAAAUUAGAAACAUCGAGAAAAAGAAGCUCAAACUGGAGGAUUAUAAGGAUCGCCUGAAAAGUGGAGAGCAUCUUAAUCCAGACCAGUUGGAAGCUGUAGAGAAAUAUGAAGAAGUGCUACAUAAUUUGGAAUUUGCCAAGGAGCUUCAAAAAACCUUUUCUGGGUUGAGCCUAGAUCUACUAAAAGCGCAGAAGAAGGCCCAGAGAAGGGAGCACAUGCUAAAACUUGAGGCUGAGAAGAAAAAGCUUCGAACUAUACUUCAAGUUCAGUAUGUAUUGCAGAACUUGACACAGGAGCACGUACAAAAAGACUUCAAAGGGGGUUUGAAUGGUGCAGUGUAUUUGCCUUCAAAAGAACUUGACUACCUCAUUAAGUUUUCAAAACUGACCUGCCCUGAAAGAAAUGAAAGUCUGAGACAAACACUUGAAGGAUCUACUGUCCAAAUUGCUGAACUCAGGCUAUUUUGAAAGUAUCCCAGUUCCCAAAAAUGCCAAGGAAAAGGAAGUACCACUGGAGGAAGAAAUGCUAAUACAAUCAGAGAAAAAAACACAAUUAUCGAAGACUGAAUCUGUCAAAGAGUCAGAGUCUCUAAUGGAAUUUGCCCAGCCAGAGAUACAACCACAAGAGUUUCUUAACAGACGCUAUAUGACAGAAGUAGAUUAUUCAAACAAACAAGGCGAAGAGCAACCUUGGGAAGCGGAUUAUGCUAGAAAACCAAAUCUCCCAAAACGUUGGGAUAUGCUUACUGAACCAGAUGGUCAAGAGAAGAAACAGGAGUCCUUUAAGUCCUGGGAGGCUUCUGGUAAGCACCAGGAGAUAUCCAAGCCUGCAGUUUCCUUAGAACAGAGGAAACAAGACACCUCAAAACUCAGGUCUACUCUGCCGGAAGAGCAGAAGAAGCAGGAGAUCUCCAAAUCCAAGCCAUCUCCUAGCCAGUGGAAGCAAGAUACACCUAAAUCCAAAGCAGGGUAUGUUCAAGAGGAACAAAAGAAACAGGAGACACCAAAGCUGUGGCCAGUUCAGCUGCAGAAAGAACAAGAUCCAAAGAAGCAAACUCCAAAGUCUUGGACACCUUCCCUGCAGAGCGAACAGAACACCACCAAGUCAUGGACCACUCCCAUGUGUGAAGAACAGGAUUCAAAACAGCCAGAGACUCCAAAAUCCUGGGAAAACAAUGUUGAGAGUCAAAAACACUCUUUAACAUCACAGUCACAGAUUUCUCCAAAGUCCUGGGGAGUAGCUACAGCAAGCCUCAUACCAAAUGACCAGCUCCUGCCCAGGAAGUUGAACACAGAACCCAAAGAUGUGCCUAAGCCUGUGCAUCAGCCUGUAGGUUCUUCCUCUACCCUUCCGAAGGAUCCAGUAUUGAGGAAAGAAAAACUGCAGGAUCUGAUGACUCAGAUUCAAGGAACUUGUAACUUUAUGCAAGAGUCUGUUCUGGACUUUGACAAACCUUCAAGUGCAAUUCCAACGUCACAACCGCCUUCAGCUACUCCAGGUAGCCCCGUAGCAUCUAAAGAACAAAAUCUGUCCAGUCAAAGUGAUUUUCUUCAAGAGCCGUUACAGGCUACUUCUUCUCCAGUUACUUGUAGCUCAAAUGCUUGCUUGGUUACUACCGAUCAGGCUUCUUCUGGAUCUGAAACAGAGUUUAUGACCUCAGAGACUCCUGAGGCAGCAAUUCCCCCAGGCAAGCAACCGUCUUCACUAGCUUCUCCAAAUCCUCCCAUGGCAAAGGGCUCUGAACAGGGCUUCCAGUCACCUCCAGCAAGUAGUAGUUCAGUAACCAUUAACACAGCACCCUUUCAAGCCAUGCAGACAGUAUUUAACGUUAAUGCACCUCUGCCUCCACGAAAAGAACAAGAAAUAAAAGAAUCCCCUUAUUCACCUGGCUACAAUCAAAGUUUUACCACAGCAAGUACACAAACACCACCCCAGUGCCAACUGCCAUCUAUACAUGUAGAACAAACUGUCCAUUCUCAAGAGACUGCAGCAAAUUAUCAUCCUGAUGGAACUAUUCAAGUAAGCAAUGGUAGCCUUGCCUUUUACCCAGCACAGACGAAUGUAUUUCCCAGACCUACUCAGCCAUUUGUCAAUAGCCGGGGAUCUGUUAGAGGAUGUACUCGUGGUGGGAGAUUAAUAACCAAUUCCUAUCGGUCCCCUGGUGGUUAUAAAGGUUUUGAUACUUAUAGAGGACUCCCUUCAAUUUCCAAUGGAAAUUAUAGCCAGCUGCAGUUCCAAGCUAGAGAGUAUUCUGGAGCACCUUAUUCCCAAAGGGAUAAUUUCCAGCAGUGUUAUAAGCGAGGAGGGACAUCUGGUGGUCCACGAGCAAAUUCGAGAGCUAACUGCUUCAUUAUGAGAAACUCACUGUUGCUAAUAAAACAGCAGGGUGGAGUGAUUCUUCUCAGGUGAGCAGCCCAGAAAGAGACAACGAAACCUUUAACAGUGGUGACUCUGGACAAGGAGACUCCCGUAGCAUGACCCCUGUGGAUGUGCCAGUGACAAAUCCAGCAGCCACCAUACUGCCAGUACACGUCUACCCUCUGCCUCAGCAGAUGCGAGUUGCCUUCUCAGCAGCCAGAACCUCUAAUCUGGCCCCUGGAACUUUAGACCAACCUAUUGUGUUUGAUCUUCUUCUGAACAACUUAGGAGAAACUUUUGAUCUUCAGCUUGGUAGAUUUAAUUGCCCAGUGAAUGGCACUUAUGUUUUCAUUUUUCACAUGCUAAAGCUGGCAGUGAAUGUGCCACUGUAUGUCAACCUCAUGAAGAAUGAAGAGGUCUUGGUAUCAGCCUAUGCCAAUGAUGGUGCUCCAGACCAUGAAACUGCUAGCAAUCAUGCAAUUCUUCAGCUCUUCCAGGGAGACCAGAUAUGGUUACGUCUGCACAGGGGAGCAAUUUAUGGAAGUAGCUGGAAAUAUUCUACGUUUUCAGGCUAUCUUCUUUAUCAAGAUUGAAAGUCAGUACAGUAUUGACAAUAAAAGGAUGGUGUUCUAAUUAGUGGGAUUGAAGGAAAAGUAGUCUUUGCCCUCAUGACUGAUUGGUUUAGGAAAAUGUUUUUGUUCCUAGAGGAAGGAGGAGGUCCUUACUUUUUUGUUUUCCUUCCUGAGGUGAAAAAUCAAGCUGAAUGACAAUUAGCACUAAUCUGGCACUUUAUAAAUUGUGAUGUAGCCUCGCUAGUCAAGCUGUGAAUGUAUAUUGUUUGCACUUAAUCCUUAACUGUAUUAACGUUCAGCUUACUAAACUGACUGCCUCAAGUCCAGGCAAGUUACAAUGCCUUGUUGUGCCUCAAUAAAAAAGUUACAUGCA